AUCUGAUGACUUCCCUCUCAAUAACGUUAGACCCUUAUCCCAACAACCCAUUCAACAACCCUCACCCAACCCAAACCCCUUUCUAACCUCAACCAACCCAAACCCCCCCGAGUCACCCCCCUCCCUUGAAAAAGUGAAUAGUGAACAGCACCCAAAAUGCCCCCCACCCCCAAAGCAGAAGCACCAGAAACAGAAACCCGCACCGCCCUCCACACCUCCGCAACAGCCUUCUGCGACGCCUUCCGCACCUCGACCCCCCCCUCCGAACUCCUCACCACCCACUUCACCCACCAGCACGCCAACAUCCUCGUCCACGAGCACGGCCGCCCCCACCCCCAACUGCCCUUCCUCGGCCGGCCCUUCCGCGGCGCGGCCGGGCUGCACGCCUACCUCGACGCCGUGUCCAGUUGCCUGAGCCACGAGGGGAUGCAGUUCACCGAGUAUGUCGUCGACGCCGAGGGGCGCAAGGUGGCGGUGCGGGGCGAGGCGCGGUUUACGUGGAGGGCGACGGGUCAGGGGUGGGACGAGGUGUUUACCUAUGUGCUGGGGUUUGAUCGGGAGUGUAGGGUGGAGAGGUACGAGAUCUGGGCGGAUACGGGGGCGGCGUUGCUGGCGAGUCGGGGGGAGUCGGUUGAGUGAGUGAGCGCCUAGAUAUCUACCUAAGUGGGUGAGGGUUUUGGGGUGUGUGAUUUGUGUGUAGCGGUAGCUGUUUUUGUGUUAUGUUUGGGGUGAUGAUCUAUGACGCUCAAAAUGUAAUUGGUAUGAAGAUGAAGCCCAAAAGAAAAAGACAAAAAAAGAUACG